UAAACUGAGAUGAAGGUUAGGGGAGGAUUCGCACAAAACCAGAUAAAUAUCACAGUUCACUCACAUUUAAGACAUUCUAAAGGAUAAUAUUGUCAGCUUUUCAGUGAACUGAUGAGGGAAAUGGCAAUCAAAUUAGUUUUGUUCUGUUUGAGUUUCUGGCGUCUGGAUGAUGUGUUUGGUCAGGAAAUGAAGAUAGUGAAACCAGGAGAUUCAGUCACUCUGAACUCUGGUCUUACUGAAAUGAAAGAUGAUGAUGAGAUUCAGUGGAGGUUGGAAAAUGAAAACACAUUAUUGGCUAAAAUCAUUAAACGGGUCGAAUGCAUGACUAUAUAUGAUGAUGUUCUUGAUGGGAGAUUCAUAGACAGACUGAAGCUGAACAAAAAAACUGGAUCUCUGACCAUCACAAACACCAGAUAUGAACAUUUUGGACUUUAUGAACUGGAGAGAAAAGGUUUAAGGAAGAGUUUCUAUCUUAUUAUCGUUGAUGAAAUAUCAAUGAAGGAGGGAGAUUCAGUCACUCUAAACUCUGAUCUUACUGAAAUGAAGGAUGAUAAUGUGAUUCAGUGGAGGUUUGGAUAUACUGAAAACACUUUACUAGCUGAAAUCAAUAAACAGACCGACAGCAUGACUGUAUAUGAUGAUGUUCUUGAUGGGAGAUUCAGAGACAGACUGAAGCUGAACAAUCAAACUGGAUCUCUGACCAUCAGAAACACCACAACUGAAGAUGCUGGAAUUUUUCUACUACAGAUUAACAAUGAGAAAAAGAUGUUCCUUCUCGCUGUCUAUGAUGAAAUAUCAGUGAAGGAGGGAGAUUCACUCACUAUAAACUCUGGUCGUACAGAAGCUAUAUUUAUUGCGUGGACGUAUAUGAAUGAAUUUAUAAUCAAUUAUGUAAACUUUUUUUCUGAGUCUAUCACUGUAUAUGAUGAUGUUCUUGAUGGAAGAUUCAGAAACAGACUGAAGCUGGACAAACAAACUAGAUCUCUGACCAUCACAAACACCACAACUGAAGAUGCUGGAAAUUAUAUACAAUUUAGUUUUGGACCAAAACUGUUAUUAAGAGCUUUCAGAGUUUCUGUCUAUGGAGAGUAGAGAGCAGAUUCAAAAGAGCUGAACAAGAGCAAGCACAUAUUCAGACAUCAGAAACAUAAAGGAUGAUGUUAUUUCUUAGAUUAUUCCUCUGAUAUUGAUGUGGUUAAUUUUCAAAUGCUCAGAUAUGCUCAAAGUAUCAAAUGCAAGUGUUUGUCAUGGUCAAUACUGAAGAUUACCAAAGAUGCUAGCAUUCAGUAAUUUUUCAUAUUUGAUUUCAAAUGUUCCUCUCUUGCAUUGUUAUUAUUGUACACUUUCAGUUUAAAGGCUUUGUCUAUUUAUCUGUCAGAUUAGACACACAGAUCUCAGUCUAUUUGACAUCUGUAUUUGCUUGCCUUUACCAAUAAACUGUUCUCGCUCUGA